UGCAGAAAUUUAUGAUUCUGAUUCUGAUUAUGUUCUUCUUGUACAUUUCUUCAGUGAAUUCCGAUCCUUUUCCUGCUGUUCCUGCAUUGUACGUUUUUGGUGACUCUUUGUUUGACAAUGGAAAUAAUAAUCUUUUACCAACUCUAGCCAAGGCUGAUUUUUCGCCCUAUGGCAUGAAUUUUGACGGAGGCGCCACCGGAAGAUUUACCGAUGGAAAAACUAUUCCUGAUUUCAUUGCUGAGUUUCUUGGACUGCCAUUUUCACCACCAUAUUUGAGUAUGAGAUCAUCACCAAAGUUGACAGGGUUGAAUUUUGCGUCUGCAUCAUGUGGCAUUCUUCCUGAGACUGGAAAUUACUUGGGUAAAUGCUUGAAUUUUGCUGAGCAGAUUGACUCAUUCAACAAUACAAUUAAACCAGAAUUGCCCAAGCACUACAAAACCUCGUCCGAGGUUUCAGAUUAUUUGUCAAAAUCAUUGUUUGUGAUUGCUAUCGGCAGCAAUGACUACAUCAACAACUAUCUUGAUCCAGGAUUAUAUGACACAAGUAAACAUUAUGAUCCUCUAUCUUUCGCUAGACUUCUGAUCGGGAACCUAUCCCUACAAUUUCAGAGACUAUACAAAUUAGGAGCAAGAAAAGUUAUAAUGUUUGAAAUUGGACACAUUGGGUGCAUCCCGUCAGUUACAAGGCAAUUUAGUCACAGUGGACAAUGCGUCGAGGAUGUUAACCAGCUUGCAGUAAUCUUUAACGAUGAGCUAGCCACCAUGCUUAAGAAUUUGACAUCAACCUUGAAAGACUCAGAAUUUAUACUUGGUCAGGGUCAUAUGCUUAGCUAUGAUGCUAUCAUAAAUCCAUCCAAUUAUGGUUUAGAAGACUCGAGUAAUCCAUGCUGUAUUACAUGGGCUAAUGGGACAUCAGCCUGCAUUCCAGGGCUGGCGCCGUGCAAGGACCCCGAAAAACACUAUUUCUGGGAUGGCUAUCAUUUGACUGAAGCUGUAUAUAAGGUCAUUGGCACUCGGUGCAUCAAUGGUACUGUUUGUGUACCUAAAAACAUAAAAGACCUUGUACAGAUUUGAAUAUGUUACAUGGAAGUGUCAUACUUCGUAGCUUCAUACUCGAAUUAAGGAAGAAAAAUGGCAUAGGAAAAUAUUUUGCGGUACUAGUGUCACAUUGUCAUUGGGUCACGUGUAAAGAGGUUUGAGGCUGCAAGUAGCAGCAGAAGGACCGGGAGGACAAAAAGGAAAUUUAUAUUGAUACAUAGGGGAAAAAAAAGAAUUCUUUAACAACAUAUUGGGCAGCCUAGCUCCUUCCGGCCCUAGAGAAGGAUGAUCUUAUACUAGCACAUCAAUUGACAAGUUAAGAGUUUCGCACCUCUCAAUUCUGAGCAGCGAAUGAAUAUUAGUUUAGGUGAGGAAUAUGAAUCGACAUUGGUAUUUGAUAUAUUAGCUUAUAAACACAAGGAUUACAAUGGUCCAUUCAUUUUUUACAUUGAUAUAGAAGAGUUUUUAGAAAAAUGCUAUUUGUACA